AUGGCUCCUCGCGCGAGCUCCCCAGCGCUGUCCGAGAACGAAUUUGACAUCUUCGACGCACUGGCUGGCGGCGAUGAGGCGGCGCAACCGAUGCGAGUGACAGCAGAUCUCGGAAUAGACUUGGAAUUUGGCAGCGACGAUGGGUCAGACGACGAGGCGUUUAUCGCUGCAAAACAGGCAGCUGCGAACCGCAAGAACGCAAACGCACCAGGAAAAUCUGGCAAGAAGGGCGGAGGCUUCCAAGCCAUGGGCCUGAAUGUAGCGCUGCUCAAGGCCAUUGCACAAAAAGGCUUUAAGAUACCGACGCCUAUCCAGCGAAAAGCAGUACCGCUCAUCUUGCAAGGCGACGACGUGGUUGGUAUGGCGAGAACAGGAUCUGGCAAGACGGCCGCAUUCGUCAUUCCCAUGAUCGAAAGGCUCAAAACGCACUCGGCCAAGGUUGGCGCGCGUGGUGUCAUCAUGUCGCCGUCUCGCGAACUUGCUCUGCAGACCUUGAAAGUCGUCAAGGAGUUCGGUCGAGGCACAGAUCUCAGGACCAUCCUUUUGGUCGGUGGUGACAGUCUAGAAGAACAAUUCAACUCUAUGACUACGAAUCCGGACAUCAUCAUCGCAACACCCGGCCGCUUCCUUCACUUGAAGGUCGAAAUGGGCCUCGACUUGUCCUCGGUGCAAUACAUCGUAUUUGACGAGGCUGAUCGUCUUUUCGAGAUGGGAUUUGCGGCACAGCUUGCAGAAAUUCUCUACGCUUUGCCGACGUCAAGGCAAACGCUGUUGUUCAGUGCAACCCUUCCAAAAUCACUUGUCGAAUUUGCGCGUGCUGGUCUACAGGAGCCGAAGCUCAUCCGUCUGGACGCUGAAAGCAAGAUUUCCCCAGAUCUCAAGAGUGCCUAUUUUACCAUCAAGUCGGGCGACCGUGAUGGAGCACUGAUCCACCUUUUAGAGAAUGUCAUCAAGAUGCCAGUUGGACAGACCGAGGUGUGGAAACAGGCCAAAGAAGAGGCCGACAAUCUGAGCAAAGGCAAGAAGCGCAAGCGUGGUAGUGGAAACCCCAAGGAUGCGCCAGUUGAAGAGUCUACAAUCAUCUUCGCAGCCACCAAGCAUCGAGUGGAGUACCUCAGCACUCUUCUCAAGGCAGCAGGCUACCCGGUCUCUUACGGUAAGUCGAGCACCGAGCCCAACUACGCAGAAGACUUUGUGGUUGGCAGCCUGGCCCCGUACCAAUUGGAGCCAUCUGUCGAAUUAGUAAACAAACAGCUCACAGACGACGAAGAUUUAGUAAAUCUGCUGAACGUAGCGGAGAAAGGCGAGCGCCAAUACCAGCGGACACGAAAUCAAGCCAGUAAUCAGAGCGUCCAUCGCGCCAAAGAUUUGGCUUCGGAUUCCAAGUUUGCUGAGACACAUAUGCUGUUCAACGAUGAGAUGCAUGAUGCUUUGCGGGCAAAAGAGGAUAUGCUGGAGAGAAUUCAAGGAUUCAGACCUGCUGAGACUGUCUUUGAGAUUGGCAAGCGUGGCACCAACAGCGAGGCUGCUGAGAUCAUGCGCAAAAGACGGGUUGCUGUUGAACGACAAAAGACGAAGCAAGCAUUCAACAAAGCGAAUGAUGAGUCAUCUGGCCUCACCCGACCAACUGCAGAUGCAUUACCCGAUGAUGAACUAGAUUCGGAAGAUGAUCAACAAGCUGCAGUUGGCGACUACGAAUCAGAAUCCGACGAGCUCGAGGUGACCGUGUCACAACCCGAGUCGAAGAAGUCUGGAAAGGAUGUUUGGCGCUCAGACGAGUUCUUCAUGUCGUACUUGCCCAAAGAGAACUUUGCAGAAGAGAAGGCAUAUGGAGUACAAGGUGGAGAUGCUGGUAACUCAAACUUCGUAUCGGCGGCAAGAUCGGCAGAGAUGUCGCUAGUCAACGAUGAGAUUCAAGGCUUUGCCGACGCCAGUAAGCCUCGUAUGCGAUGGGAUAAGAAAUCCAAGAAGUACGUCUCUCGCGCCAACGACGAGGAUGGCUCCAAGGGUGCCAAAAUGAUACGAGGCGAGAGCGGACAGAAAAUCGCUGCCAGUUUCCGAAGUGGCCGCUUCGAUGAUUGGCGAAAAGCCAACAAGGUCAAGAUGCAGCGUGUUGGCGAGAUGGAGGCGCCGAAUCGCUCCACGCAGUUCAAUAGUGGUGGGCCACGCUACAAGCACAAGGCGGAGAAGGCGCCCAAGCAGGCUGACCGGUACCGCGACGACUAUCACGUGCAGAAGCAGAGGGUGCAGGAAGCCAAGGAGAAGCGCAUCGGCCAUUUCAAGGAUGGGGGCGCCAAGAACGAGCUCAAAGAUGUGGAUACGGUGCGGAAGGAACGCAGGGUGCAGGAGAAGCGCAAGGAGAAGAACGCCAGGCCGUCCAAGAAGCGAAAGUUUUAA